AUGUCUCCCUCGACUGCUGCUCCGAAAGAUACCUCGGCCGGUGCCGACCGGCCCAAGGUUUCGAAGGCCUCUGAAGUGGGCUGGCUUUUCGUCACGCACUACUAUACCAUGAUGAACCAGGACCCAUCGCGCCUGUACCGCUUCUACACCAACAAGAGCGCCAUGGUGCAUGCCGCCGAGGCUGAAGAGUCCAGCACCAGCGUCGGUCAGCAGCAGAUCCAUGAAAAAAUCAUGUCGCUCGGGUUCGACGACACGAAGGUCGUCGUUCUGUCGGUCGACAGCCAGUCGUCCGCCGACGGCGGCAUUGUCGUCCAGGUGCUUGGCGAGCUGUCGAAUCAGGGCGGCACUUGGCGCAAGUUUGUGCAGACCUUCUUCCUUGCCGCGCAGACCAACGGCUACUAUGUCCUGAACGACAUCUUCCGCUAUAUCCAGGUCGACGCGGACUCUGCCGAGGAACCGGCCGACGAGGACGAGGCAGCUGCGCCCGUCGCCGUCGCCGACACGGCCCACGCCCCUGCGGACGUGGUCGAGGAGAAGGAAGCACCGGCAGCGGACCCAUCGCCCGCCGCGGAAGCGGCGGCGGCCCCGGCCCCGGCGGCGGCCGAGGCCCCGUCGGCAGCGGCGGCGCCUGUGGCCCCUCCGGAGCCCAGGGAGGCGCCCAAGCCUGCUGAGCCUGCCGCGCCCAAGACCUGGGCGAACCUGGCGGCGUCCGGCGCGAACCGCUGGGGCAACACGGCUGCCGAGGCACGUGGCCUCUCGUCGCCUGCGUCGGUGCCUGCCAAGGCCCAGACUGGCGGUGCUGCUGCGCCUGUUGCGGCGCCGAAGGGCGGCAAGGGCGGCAACGGUGCUCCCUCGGGCGGCCAUGUCGGGCAGGUGUCGGCAGACGCCCUGAAAAAGGUGUUCGAGACGCAGUUCGGCCCCACGAAGGAGUGCCAGCUGAACUCGGCCAAGGGCUUUGCGUUCGUCGAGUUUGUGCAGGCCGAUUCGGCGCGCCGCGCGAUCGCCGCGAGCGCUGAGGGCGCCGUCAAGAUUGGCGAUGCUACGCUUGUCGUGGAGAAGCGUCGCCCGCACGACAACCGUGGUGCUGGUGGCCGCGGUGGCCGUGGCGGCCACCGCGGCGGCUUCCACCAACAUAACCACGCCUAA